CGCCCUAGGUCCAAGACCCGCUUGGACACCAGGGGGCGAUGCCCGACCCGAUAUAAAAGCGGGUCCGGCGCCGGCCUGACCAUUCGCGACCCGGAGCUAAGCGGGCGCGAGCGAGUUGGGGCUCUGGGUGGGCGGCGGCAGCAGCGGCGCCACGCGCAGGCUGGAGGCCGCCGAGGCUCGCCAUGCCGGGAGAACUCUAACUCCUCCAUGGAGUCGGCCGACUUCUACGAGGUGGAGCCGCGGCCCCCGAUGAGCAGCCACCUCCAGAGCCCCCCGCACGCGCCCAGCAGCGCCGCCUUCGGCUUUCCCCGGGGCGCGGGCCCCGCGCCGCCCCCAGCCCCACCUGCUGCCCCGGAGCCGCUGGGCGGCAUCUGCGAGCACGAGACGUCUAUAGACAUCAGCGCCUACAUCGACCCGGCCGCCUUCAACGACGAGUUCCUGGCCGACCUCUUCCAGCACAGCCGGCAGCAGGAGAAGGCCAAGGCGGCCGCGGGCCCCGCGGGUGGCGCCGGCGACUUUGACUACCCGGGGGCCCCAGCGGGCCCCGGCGGCGCGGUCAUGUCCGCGGGGGCGCACGGGCCGCCUCCCGGUUACGGCUGUGCGGCGGCCGGCUACCUGGACAACAGGCUGGAGCCCCUGUACGAGCGCGUCGGGGCGCCCGCGCUGCGGCCGCUGGUGAUCAAGCAGGAGCCCCGCGAGGAGGACGAGGCGAAGCAGCUGGCGCUGGCCGGCCUCUUCCCCUACCAGCCACCGCCGCCGCCGCCGCCGCCGCACCCGCACGCGUCUCCCGCGCACCUGGCCGCCCCACACCUGCAGUUCCAGAUCGCGCACUGCGGCCAGACCACCAUGCACCUGCAGCCCGGCCACCCCACGCCGCCGCCCACGCCCGUGCCCAGCCCGCACCCCACGCCCGCGUUGGGUGCUGCGGGUCUGCCGGGUCCCGGGGGCGCGCUCAAGGGGUUGGCUGGCACGCACCCCGACCUCCGCACGGGCGGCGGCGGCGGCGGCGGUGCCGGAGCCAGUAAGGCCAAGAAGUCGGUGGACAAGAACAGCAACGAGUACCGGGUGCGGCGGGAACGCAACAACAUCGCGGUGCGCAAGAGUCGAGAUAAAGCCAAGCAGCGCAACGUGGAGACGCAGCAGAAGGUGCUGGAGCUGACCAGUGACAAUGACCGCCUGCGCAAGCGGGUGGAACAGCUGAGCCGUGAACUGGACACGCUGCGGGGCAUCUUCCGCCAGCUGCCGGAGAGCUCCUUGGUCAAGGCCAUGGGCAACUGCGCGUGAGGCGCGGGGCUGCGGGACCGCCUUGGGCCGGCCCCCUGGCCGGGGACCUGGAGAAUGAUUUCGGGUCGCUGGAUCUCUAGGCUGCCCCAGCCGUGAAAGCCAGGACUAGGAGAUUCGGGUGUCGUCCGAAAGCUCGGCCUACUCCGCGUGUCCCCUCCCUUCCUCUGAGCCGGACUCGGUGGUGCGUCUAAGAUGAGGGAGUCAGGCCGCGAUUUUCCCCUUGAAACCGGGAGACUUUUCCGCGGAGCUGAGCUGGGAGCCCGUCCAUUCUAGUAUUAAGGAAGUAACCCUGUGCCUUGGAUACUCAAAACUCGCUCCUUUUCCUACCGAGUAGGGGGAGCAAACAUGUGCCUUGAUAUUUUAUUUGGAGGAUUCCUGCCUCCUCGGAGGCUGCAGCAGGCCCCCAUGAGAGAAUGAAGGGUGCAGGCCCAGGGCGGGAGGAAGAUUCAGGAAGCUGAGAUCCCGGCAGUGCUCCGCAGCUGCCCCUCAGUCGCUGACCUUAGAGGGGAGGGACUUAGGGAGUUGGAGAUUUGAUUCUAAGAGUGCCCCACGCACACCUCAGUUACUUGGAGGUGGAGGGUUCCAAGUUCCUUGCUUCUUCCACCUCCACGUUCACUCCCCACCUUAGCUUGCAACAGGCUAAGUUUCCUGGGUGAGUUCAUGGAGAAUGGGGGCGGGGGUGGGGGUGGGGAGCACCACCCCCAGUCAGACCAGAAAGCUAGGUUGUAAGUUAGCCAUGUGGUUAAGGGAGUGGUGGGGGACGGAAACCUAGGUUUCUGGUCUUGGGAGCGGGGGAGGAAAGGACACCGGGACCAUCAGCCUUGUGUGUACUGUAUGUCACCAGCCGCUGUUGCUGAAGGAGCUUGAAGCACAGUCGAUCCAUCCCAGAGGGACUGGAGUUAUGACAAGCUUCCCAAAUAUUUUGCUUUAUCAUCCGAUAUCAACACUUGUAUCUGGUCUCUGUGUCCCAGCGGUGCCUUGUGCAAUGUCAAUGUGCACGUCUAUGCUAAACCACCAUUUUAUUUGGUCCUUUGUUUUGUUUUGGUUUUGCUCAGAUUCUUGCCAAAAUGAGACUCUUCACUAGCGGCUGGGGGAAGAAGCUGAGGCUCUUUCCUUUUGGUUUGGGGAUUUGGGUUUUGUUUUUUGUUUGUUUGUUUGUUUUUUUGUUUUUUGGGGUUUUUUUUUGCUCCCUGAGGACCAAUGAAAUGAAGUAGGCUUCCCCCUUUCCCCCAGUUUUCCAAGGGUGUCAUUGUGGGUCUUAGCUUCCUCCAGCUGAGACUGCCUACAGGCCGCCUCCCCCGCCUACCCCCCACCCCCAAAGGCCCUGGCUCUGGGUCUGGAAAGAAGGCCACCUCCAGCCAAUUCCUGCACACCCCUGUGGCUGGGAGUAGGGUGGACUGCUACCUUCUCUUCUUUUGGGAGGGGGGGACACAAAGUUUCAUGCUAGAUGUCGUAUGUAUUAUAUCUAUAAUAUAAACAUAUCAAACUCAA